UUUCAGAGUACGCUGGGAGGGUUGUUCAAGUCCGCCCAGAAGGCCGUCGGAGGUGCCGCAAACACCGUUGUGCGUGAGGUCGACCGUCACGUCAGCUCGGAAAAUCUGGAAAUGUUUAAUAACGGUAACAUCGUGUCGCUGCAGUCCAGAGAAACCAGUCGUUGUUUGCAGGUCAGCAGUUGUGGGGUGCUGAGCGCCAACGGUCUUCAGCAUGACAAAUCAGGUCAUUUUAGAGUGGUGAACUGUGGCCAAAAUGUCGUCCUCCUGCAGAGUGCGAUAUAUCCGUCCUGGUACAUCGCUAACCACGGAGGAAGAAUUGUUGGAAAUGGAAGCGGUGAUCCUUCCUGCAAGUUCCGCCUCCAUGAGACCAUGAACGGUUUCAUCACUUUGGAGUCGGUAGCCUCGCCCAACCAGCACGUGGGCGUGAACGCGGACGGUGAGAUGAAACCAGCCGACCUCGUCCGUAAGGAAAACUCCGCCAUGUGGGUUCCCACCGUGGUGUGCGGACCGCAGCCCAUUGUGCAUGUGGAGCAAACCACUGUUACCAGGUCUGUCCACUCCCACUGA